AUAGCCCUCAUUUCUCCCUCUUUGUCAGUGAGGUCAAACAUUCUGACAGUAAGAAAGCCAUUAAAACACGUGAUCUGUGUGUUUUGUAUGGGAUCGUUGUGUUCAAUAAAGUUUGUUGAAAGAAAACCACAGUGAGAUCUUCUGAUCCUGCUGAUACCCGCCGCUCCGGUAGGGGGCAGCCUUCAGCAAAGAUCAUCUCUAAACUCGAACUCAUCAAAGAAGACCGGAACCGUGGUGGAAGCGUGCGGUUGCUCCGGUAUCAACGCCACUUUACUCGGUUCGUCCGUGGGGACGGGUUUAGGCUUUCCCGCGCUCGGUCUUAGCAUCACGAGCGGCGGGGUUCGUCCGGUCACCAGCGGAGUCUGCACCCGCUCCCCGACUGAUGAACGAUCUGCGACGAUGGCUGCCGCCGGGAAGACGACGGAGGUUCGAGCGCCGAGCCCGGAGGACGGACACGCCGCUCCGAGCCCGAGCCUGUCCAAGAGGCAGCAGAAGAAGCUGCUGAAGCAGCAGAAGUGGGAGGAGGAGCGGGACCUGCGGAAACAGAGGAGGAAGGAGAGGAAGCAGCUGCGUCGGCAGGAGAGGCAGCAUCUGCAGGACGAGGACCAAGCCGACCAUCACCACGCCAGGAAGCGCUUUCGCCGAGAGGCCACGCCCAGCUCGCUGAGGCUGGUGGUGGACUGCAGCUUCGACAGCCUCAUGCUCGCCAAGGACGUUCAAAAGCUCCACAAACAAAUCCAGCGGUGCUACGCUGAGAACAGGCGAGCGGCUCAUCCCGUGCAGUUUUAUCUGACCAGCAUGGGAGGACAGCUGCAGCAGAGCAUGGAUGAGAAGGACGGAGGAUGGGUGAACUGGAAGGACAUCAGGAUUCAGACGGAACAUUACAGUGAAGUGAUCGGCAAAGAGGACCUGGUGUACCUCACCUCGGACUCUCCCAACGUCCUGAAGGAGCUGGACCACAACAAGGCCUACGUGAUCGGAGGCCUGGUGGACCACAACCACCACAAGGGAAUCACCUUUGAGAAAGCCAAGGAGCUGGGGAUCGAACACGCCCAGCUGCCUCUCAGCGCCUUUGUCAGGAUGAACAGCCGCAAGGUUCUGGCUGUCAACCACGUCUUUGAGAUCAUCCUGGCGUUCCUGGAGAAGAGCAGCUGGCAGGACGCCUUCUUCACCGUCCUACCUCAGAGGAAAGGAGCCGUGGCCUUGAACCCGGCCGGAGACGAGAAGAAUCAGGACAAAGAUCAGGAAUUCAGUUCAGACUCUGAACCCGACACUAAAUCACUUGAAAGCUCAGAAAACGUCUCCUGAAAAAAAAACCCACACCUAAAACAGAGUCAAAGGUUUUGUGAAGACUGUUCUAAACCAGAUUUGAUUUGCUGGUCUUGUUUUGUUUUUUUAGUUAUUUAUUGGAAUAGAUGAAAGUCUCUUUGUUUCAGUAAUGAUUUUAAUUUUUUUAAGCAUCUUUUCACCAAAAUCUGAUUAAUUUGACCCUGAGAGGCGAGUCUGCCGACGGUUGGCGUGUGAACAGAAGUAAUGACGGCUCAAUAAAGACACAGCUUCAUCCUAAA